AAGUCGGAUUGGUUAAUACUCCAUCGACAGUGUUACCCUAGUUGCCGCUUGCCCGUGCAAUCGUGACCAUUUUCCAAGCGAUAAAUAUUUAAAUUAAUGUACUAAGAGUCGCUAUGCGGUAGGUGGACGAUAAAGAGGAGCAUGAUCGGAAAUCUCCACCCGUACGACUAACAUCAGAGCAAGCAAAUCUCAUUCCCUAAAUAUCAUGAUGUGCUAAAAAAAAAUUUCGUUUUCCAACGAUAGGUGCGGAUAAACUCAUUUUUGUGCAAAAACGAAAUACAAAGAAGAGACGCCGUUACUUCAACGACGGAAAAAAAAGAAAAAAGAAAAAAAAAAGGCGCGAUAACGAAGUAACGAACUGCUGUCCGACGUGGCAGAUGCGCGCGCUUAGCCCAUUUUGACUGCGCCGGCCUGUUCCUUUGAUCCGACGGUCAACGCGAGUCCCCAGUCCGUUAGGUUAGUUAGGUCACGCGGGUCCCACCUAACUCUCCGUCACCAUCCUAAACCCUCGACCUUUCUUUUUGCAGCAAAUAACGGAGAGUCCCAAAAAAAAAAAAAAAAAACCUCUCUCUGUUUCUCCGGUCGACAUGUCCGUAGUUCCGACGUAUCCUACUCUCAGGUACCUGAGAACCAGGACCGCACGUGACUCCCCAACCUUCAGUUCUUCGCUCAACAAAGUUUCAAUCUUGGGAUUCAGGGCGCCAAAUUCGCUGGUGCUGUCCCGUAAAUUCGAUGAAAUCCGGGGGCCGAUGAUAAGGGCUUUGAGCCCAGAAGGGUCGUUGCGAGAGCUCGAUGAUUCGCCGGUCUCCGUGGAGCACGCGCCCAUUUGCAGCGAGGCCCAGUUCGAUCGGGUCGUCGCCGAGGCCCAACAGCUCCAGCAAUCGUUCGUCGUCGUUUGGAUGGCAAGCUGGUGCAGGAAGUGCAUAUAUUUGAAACCAAAGUUGGAGAAGUUGGCAGCCGAGUACUAUCCAAGUGUUGAUGUCAAUUCAGUUCCACACAAGCUUGUUGCUCGCGCUGAAGUCACUAAAAUGCCUACUAUACAGCUCUGGAAAGAUGGCAAGAAAUCAGCUGAGGUAAUUGGUGGUCAUGGCAAAGCAUAUUUAGUGAUUAAUGAAGUUCGUGCAAUGAUUGAAACAGACGAUAGCACAUAAGGUUUAGUAUCAUAGGCAAUCUCAAAUACACAUUUCAUUUCCUCCAGUAUCAUGGGCAAUCUCAAAUACACGUUUCUUUUCCUUCUACACACAUGAAAAUCAAAUUUGUAAAUUUUUCCAGAAAUUUACCAGUUUAGGGAAGCUCUCACAUACGGUUUUGUCAAGUUCCUGCUUUCUGCAGUUUGCUAUAAGCAGUCUCCUUGGCUUAGCUAGAUAUGAAAUCCCUAUUAGCUGCGUAACCAUGAUUUUUCCCUUAUUAUACGUGUGGCAGCCUUUCUUUGCGAGUAUAGUGUUAAUAUUCGUGUUAAAUUUAAAUGGCUGAUAGACUAGCAAACGCAGUUUACCUUUUUAAGAGUUUUGAGAGAUAAAGUAUAGAGUUGAGAGUAGAAAGCCUUCUUUUCUGGUCAACCAUGUGCGGAAAGCUCCCACUAUUGCAUCGAUCCUACCCUUAAAAUUUGAGGUCUGAACUCAUCCAUUGUUAAAAAUGUAGUAGCAGAGUUGGGGUGGCUUUUCAUGUUACAUUGGUAUGGCAGUAAAUGAAUGAUAUACAUGGUUUUGUCUU